UUAUCCAGUAUCCACGUGUUUAUUCUAAAUAUAGAAGUAUGUUCUUUGAAUAAUCUUAGUUUAUUCGUAAAAUGAUUAAUUAAACAGAAUCUAUUCUGAAUCUGCAAUAGAACGUCACGUCUUAAUUUACGUAACUAUGGCAACAACACUAAACGAAACCACUUCGCUUACUAAUUAUUGAUUAAAUUACUCGUUGAGUAGAUAGACAGUAUCAAUUCGGCUUGUCGCCGGUUUACUCCUUGCUACCGGUGCAGUCUCAAAAACAAAUAUUUUUUGUUGUCAUUUUUAAAGAGAAUUCGAAACAGCCAUGUGGCAAAUGCUAUUGGACUGGUUAUGGAUCGUAUGGAAUUUUAUGUUACUUUAUUAUAUCGGAGUGCGAUCUUUAUUCCAGGAUGUUACCAAUGAACGCAAGAAACCAUCAGCUUUGCCCCCACAACAUGGAAGAGUUGCUAUUGUCACUGGGGGAACCACAGGCAUUGGCUACUACACCACAAAGACUCUUUGUAGUCUGGGAAUGCAUGUUAUUAUCGCAUCCCGUUGUAAGAAGCACAUUCAGAAAGCUAUUGAUGACAUCAAAAAAGAACAACCAGACGCAGUUAUUGAAGGAUUUGAAGUUGACCUUGGCUCAAUGAAGUCUGUUCACAAAUUUGCAUAUGAGUUCAAAUCUCGUAGGCUUCCUCUUCAUAUGCUGAUUAACAAUGCUGGUGUCAUGUAUGUCCCUUACAAGAAAACUGAAGAUGGUUUAGAGAAGCACAUAGCUGUAAACUAUAUGGGACACUUCCUGCUCAGUAUCUUGCUACUUCCUGUCCUCAACAUGUCAGGCACAAAUCAAUUAUUUGCUAGGAUUGUAAAUGUUUCAUCUUCAACACACCGUGUUGGAAAUAUAGACUUGUCAACUUUCACUUCUAAAGGAGCAAAACCAUCACGUUAUUCUCCAUAUGCUUCAUACUCUCAAUCAAAGCUGGCAAUGAUUAUGGCUACCUACGAGCUGGCUCGCAGGCUAAAAGCAGCCAAAUGCUUUCGUGUUACUGUGAAUACUCUUCAUCCAGGAGUUGUCGAUACUAAUUUGCAUUCAAAUGCUGUGUUUCCAGUGCCAUUAAUUCGCUGCUUAAUUAGUCGCUUUUAUUUGACACCUGAACAGGGUGCAGAUACAGUUUUACAUGUGGCCUUAUCUCCAGACCUCGAGAAGCAAAGUGGUGGUUACUAUGAAAAUUGUGAAAAAGCUACAUCCAGUAAACUGUCAAAUUCCAUGCAGCUUCAACAAGCUAUAUGGCACACUACCUGUUCAGUUUUGGGUAUUGAUCCACAUGAUCUUCCAACAAGCCGAAGUCAUGAUAUGAGUGGUAACAAUGCUGGUAUGCCAUUUUCCUGGCAUGAUGAUUACAUGAACAGUCCAUACCAGUUUAAUAGUAGCCCUUCGCUUAGUAAUGAAAUGGGAAUUUCUUGCAUCACUGGGCCCCAAAACACUAUUACAACCUUUGGUAUGAUUAGCAAAAGUAAUCCAGUUCCUGACCACUUUGCUGUUGAUUUUGAUCGAGAUGGUAGCCCAACUCCAUUGCAUGUACCAAAACCUGAAAUUACUCUUAAUGAAACAGUAAUACAGAUUACCGAAGAUCCCAAAAUUCUGCAAAUGGAAAUUUCUUCAAAAGCAACGCAAAAACCAAAACCCACUAUUACAGGUCCAAUGUCUGCUAGUGAUAUUGCUUUACCUGACCUAAAAUUACCAUCUUCUUGUGAUGAAGUGGUUGACAUGGACUCAAUUAACAAAAUUAGCAAUGAGGAUUCAAUUCCUGACAUAUAUGUAUCACAUUAUGAUGUAAAAAAUAAUCUUGAAAAUAUACCCGAAGAAGAAAAUGAGAAUGACUGCAAAAACUUCAUGAGUACACCUACUAUUGGACCACAAUGCCCAGUUCCAGAUGGUCCAAAAGAUGACAUUUCAGAACAUACACCUCAAUUACGUGCUGUGAUGUGUGGCAAUGAUAUCAUUUAUGUAGCAAACUCUAUAGAAGAUGUUGAAGCUGGUUUAGCAAAGAGCAGUUCCCAGUCUACUCCAACCUUUGUCAAAACUUCAUCAAAUGCUAGUGGUUCAUUUAUUUCAAUAGUAGAAGGACCUAAUAAAAAGGAAUUAAUGCCAAAUUAUUCAAAUGAUAGACGAAGUUCAGUAUCUGGAAAUUCUUCAUGUGUUUCUAUUCCACACAUUACUCUAAAUGAAAGUAUGUUAGCAAGUCUAAACUAUGAAUCGGAUAGUUUAAGUGAAUUAGAGAAUAGUGAUAGUCAGCAAUAUCUAAAUACAAAUUCAGAUUUCAUCACCAUUGACGAAACAGCUCAAAACUUUCUGACAAAGAAAUCAAAGAGUGCUGGAAACUCCCCACAUUUUGAGCUUAAUGAAACAAAAACCAUUGUCAAAGACUUUGCUAACAGUGCCCCAAAUUUAAGCAGUCAAUUUACAAAAGACGAGACAUUCAAACUAAAUGAACUGGAAAGUGAAGUGGAGGAUGAUAGAGAAAACCAUACCAAGUCUGAACAUUUGCAAACAAGUGUCUUACCUAAUAUGUUAGAAAAGAAUAACAUGAGAGAAAAAAUUCUCAGUGAUGAUGAUAAUGAGUAUGAUCCAAGUAGCAGUGCUGAAGAAUCUACAGACUCUGAAGACUUUGAAAAUAUAAAAUUUCCUUUAAAAUAUUCUGCUAGAAGUAAGUAUAAUCAGUCACCUUCUAUAAGUGAUGAUGAUGAUACAUUUAUUUCUGUUCCAAGGGAAAGAGGACGUUCUAUGGUUAGACGUUGCUCUCAGGUUUCUCCAAGUGUUUUGGAUGAUGUAGAUGCAGAUAUUUCAUUAAGUUCUGUGACACUAAAGGAUAUUACAAUAAAGCUUCCUGAAAAACAAAGCGGUGUAUCUCCAGAGCUUUCUCCUCAUUCCCUCUGUAAAUAUCAAGAUGAUCAGAUUCUAAAAUUUGUUAAUGAUAUAAUCACUGAAUCAAUAAAAUUAUCUGCAGAAGAUAGUGAGUUACAAAACAUUUUGGAAGGAAUUGCAAAAGAGAAUCCUCAUGAUGUUGAGAAAAUAUUUACUGAAUCAACACAGAUGUCUUCUAAAGACUGUGAACUACCAAGUACUUUGGUUGAAAACCUUGAAGAAGAAUGUAGCCCUUCAAAUGUCAAAGAUUCGACAGAAACAUCUUCGAAAGAAAGUGAUGUUUCUGACAGUUCAAAUGAAUAUUUUAAAGAAUAUAACGUUACCAUUGUUAGUGAAUCAGAACAGAUGUCUUCCAUAGAUAGUGAAGUGUCAGAAAAACCAACUAAAAAUCUCCAAGAAUGUUCUAUCGAUGUUGAUGAAGAAACAAAAGUAUUUAAGGUAGAAACGUUAACACAUAACUCUGAGUCUGAAUUUGAAAGUGUCACCAUGCAACAUGACAAUAUUGCACCUGCUGUCAAAGAUGAAGACAAUGAAAGAGAGAAUGUAUUUGUAGGCUCAAUUAGCAGUGAGAUCAGAACGUUUCUUGCAGAAAAGGGUUCAGAAACUACCAAAAAUAUUCCUGACAAUCAAAGAGACAGUAGAAUGAAUCCUGCUUUCUCUCAAAAGGGAUGGGACAGAUUACCAUAUAAUGCUACUGAAGCAGAAAUGAAUGCCUUCAGAGAAUAUGCUGCAUUUACCGAUUCUCUUAAGCGAACGGGGAGGAUAACACCAAUUCCCCAUCAACUAGAUACUGUUAUGGAAGAAGUGGUCACUGAAGAUACAAACUCUAUGUUUAAAACAAAUCAAGAAGAGCUACAUAACAUAGAUUGUCCAAGAAAACCAAGACGGAAUUCCCAAGAGAUUGAAUCCAAUAUAAUUAAAGAUUGUGCACUUUUUGCUGAUGCUUUUCUGACAGAUCACAGCUAUUUGUUAAAUCAACCAACCGAGGAGGACUUGAACAAACCAAAAGAAUCUCCUGUUAGAAAAAUUACCAAACAAUUUGAAGAAAAAAUUAAUUUAUCUGGCCGACAGUCCCCACUCUGUCCUCAAAAUAGUCCUGAAUCUUCAUCCCGAGCUUCUUCUCCUCACCCACAAUAUUUUUUUCCAUCAAAUUCAAUGACAGAAUCUUCAUUUGAGGAAGAGGAAGAAGAAAUACGAGCAAAUCGAGUUAUCUUUUCUCCAUUAAGCUCCCCAGUAAAGAGAAUUGAUGAAGAUGUUGACAGCAUGGGAUUUCUCUUUCUGAUUCCACAGAAUAAGUAUCCUAAAGCUAAAAUAGUUAGCGUUUCUGACAAUAUUGACUCUAAUCUUGAAACUGUUAAAGGUGUGCCGAUUGAUAACAAUGUAUGUUGUGUUUCUUCAAAAUAUCCUUCAUCACCACAUGAAGAUUGCAGAAAUGAAGCAGCUAAGAAGAAUGUAACAACUACAGAUAUGGAAAGCAUACAUGAUACACAGUCAGAAAUCUCUACAAAUGAAAAUGAUGGAAAGGAUAUUUCUGCAAGGGAAGAGAGUACAUUUACUGAAAGUGACCUUAACCAAGAGUUGCCAUCAAAUAUUCAAGAUGAAUCAAUUACAAAAAGUGAAACUUCGAAGGAUACAAUCCAAAUGCAUCAACCUUUAGUAACCAAUGAAGUUGUCCAGAAUAUUACUGAAUCAGAUCAGUCACCACUGACAGAAACUGAAAGCUGUGAGCCACUCAGUGCAGAUAGUAAUAAUAUCUCUGAAUCAAACCAGAUUGCAACUGAAGAUAACUUAACUAAGCAAAGCAAUUGUUCUGAAGAACACAACUCAAGUGGAAAAGACUGUUGCGAUGAUAAUCUGUCUCAAACAGACCAACAUAUUACUCUGGGAGAAAAUUUUGAUAAUGACAGCAAUCAACAAAGUGAUAGAUCUAGUGAUACAGUGGUUGACAUGCCUCUAGGAAAUGAAAGCUGUUCUGAAAACCAGCCAAUGACUUGUGAGACUCCAGAACAGGUAGAAUCUGAAAUAUCAGCAAGCAUAUGCCAAGAUGAACAAACAUCACCCACUAACAAUGCUGAAACUGGUGGAAAUAUAGAAUUUACAGACAAUAGUGAAAUAAGUUCAGCAUCUUACUAUUCACCAACUAAAUCCAGUUCUGACAGUGAAGAUUGUUGGUUUGAUAGUAAAUCUUUAUCCUUAGAUUUUGAACUUAAUAAAGAUGAUACAGGUUAUGCUAAAAUGUUAGCUUCAUAUUAUGCAGUUUCCAAAGAGGAAUGCCAAGAUGGAUCGCAGGAUGACACAGCUGGCAAUACAAUAGCAACUGAUGGAAAUACAGGCUUAGAAGAAUGUAAUGAAGGCAGUACAGAUACCCCUCAGUCUACUAUUGCUGAUGUGGCAGAAAAAGACACAUAACGUUGCAUAAAAGAAAGUCUCUUCAGCUUGCAAAGUCACUCUAAGGAUCUGUGUUAAUAUAUCCAGUGCAUGAUGAUGAUGUUAUACAAUUCUUGGUUUAGACCAUACAUUUACUGAUAUCUUUUGCCAAGCUAGUCUGUUGAUAUGAAUUAGUAACCAUUAGAUGUUUCAUCUGCAAUUGUAGUGACUGUGACUAAUAACACUCAUACAGUUUUCUGAAAGAAUAAACCAUUAAUAAAAACAACUGUAAUAAUAUAAUUUUUUACAUAGGCAAGACAUUAGAAAAAUAAUUGAAAGUCACAAUAUUCUAAGGCCAAUAACAAUAUAAGUGGAAGUAGUUUCAAAUGAUAGAUUUGAUUCACCAAAGACAAAGUGCCAUCCUACAGUACUAGCUACACUAAAUCUUACUACUAGAUCCAAAAUAUAUCUCUGUAGUUAAUUACUAUCAAAUUGAUAAGAAAGCCUUCACUUACAGUGUUGGGUUCUAUUACAUAUGUCACCAUCAUUUUCCAGUAGCAUAAUUCCAGAUUACUUCAAAUUAAUUAGAAAUCACCAUGUUCUUAUUUCUCUUGAUAUUUCUGACUUGUUUUGACAAUUAAUUUACCAAACUCUGUUGAUAAGUGAUUAUACUCUAAACAUGUAAGCUGUAUACUCUGGGCAUCACUAAUUACAUAUAUUUCAUGUGUGUAUAUAUAUAUAUAUAUAUAUAUAGGUGUUGGUCACAAUGUUGUCAUAUUCUUUCUUAGCAAACAUGUUACAAUAUGGGAUACAGAUAGAAAUUAUGAACAAAACAAGGUGCUGAAAGUGAUGUCCUUUAGCAUCAAUUAAGGCCUGGACUCAUUUUAUUUCUAAACACCACUAUUAGUUCUUCAUUUGAAAUGGACCCUAUAUAAGAGGUUAUUGCCUUUUCAAGUCAUUAGGCAUGUAUAAACACUUGCAGUCCACAGCAUACUUUGCCGCUCCUCAUAAAUAAAAGAUAGGUGGAUUAAGAUCCUGGGAAUGAAAGUGGAGUAUGCUGCAAGUCUUUUGAAAUAAUGCAGUCCCCAAAGAUUUCAAUUCAAAGAGUGGGUGGUAGCACCAUCUUAUCAAAACCAUGAGUAAUUGAUUUCUUCUCGAGUCAUGUAUUACGGUGAAGUUGAGAAGAAUCUGAAAAUAAUAGCACUCACUGUUUAUUGCCUCUGUAAAGAAAAUAGGAUCACUAAUGCAACCCCUGAAUAUUGCAACCCAGACUCCAACUUUCAGAUCAGGUGGAAGUAUUUCAUAAAAUCUGCAAGGAUUACUGGACAACCUCAACCCUGUAUUUUGUGAAUUACCAUAACCCAAGAAAUGGUGACAUACUGCAUCCUUUAAAGAAGGUGACAUCGAUAACACGAGCAGUUUCCUCUUCAACAAGUCAGUUUUAGCCAUCUGCAAUAAAACAUAUGCUCUCUGUGAUCAGUUGCUUUCAGUUCUUGUACUGAAAUUAUCUUAUAUAGGAAGAGUUUUACUCUGUUCUGAUGGCCUUAUGAGCAGUUGUAAGUCCAAUAUCUUGCUGCUGCGCUAACUUUGUUUAAUAAUUUUGAUGGACUACGCAGCAUACAGGCAGAAAUAUCCAAUCAUAUGUCUUCAGUAAACUUCAAUGGUCUUCCACAAUAUUCUGUGUCUUUCAAUGGACCUGUUUCACAGAAUUUAUCAGUAAACAGUAUUCACAAACAGUAUUGCCAUGUUGAACUGGUAUAUCUGGAAAUUUAUCAACAAUUGUUGCAACACUAAAUGUGUAGCAACACUUUUUCAAAACUUAUUCAGUAAGAUAAGACAUCCCUUAAUUAUCAAAAACCAUACUUUUGUCACCGCAGAAUCUGACAUAUAAAUAAACUUUGAUUAUAAAAGUGCACAGUGCCUAUCUGAACAUCCACAGCAUGUGAGAGUGCGUACAUGUGAAUGUGUGUGUGUGUGUGUAUUGUAAUUAUUUUUAAAAUUAUAAUAGUGCCAAAUCUGUAUUAAAGGAAAAACAAUAAAUUAUUCAUACUAUUAUUUUGUAAUGUAAUAUGUUUUAAUAUUAAUUCAUUAUUUGUUGUUUGUUUUUUAUCUAUUUAUUUAUUUAUUUAUUUUUCAACUUCCUACAACUUGGAUUAUUGAAUAAAUAAUUUAUCAGAAAUUCAAAGAG